UUCCGUGUGGCACAGUUGAGAAGGCAUGGAGGUUUUGUUUCCACUCUCCAGGCAGGGUCUUGCCUUUUAGCACCUGCAGUCCUUCAUGAUUACAUCAGUCCACGAUGUCAAAAGGACCUUAGCCAGGGAGCACUGAAGUUGAUGCUGGGGAAGAAGUCACAUAGAAAGGAUACUACCUGAAGGAUAACAGAUCGGAAAGACUGGAAAGGACACAGCCAGAGGCUAUGCUUCUCUCAGGUAGGCAGUAGCCACCCUUUAUGCGGCCAGCAUAGAUCUGGAGCUAACGCCUGAGGGUCUCUGUGUCAGGGACAGCUGCUUCUGAUGGACACCAUCAACCGAUUCCCAACGGCCAUGUCAAUGGCAGCUUCUUUGAGACAGUCUGCCUCCUCCUCGUCUUCUCUACAGAAAUACCAAGUGGCUGCCUAUGGGGCUGGCAGAGUGCUUCUGGCUUGGGCUCCACAAAUGAAGGGCUGGAGGCGAGCACCAGUAGUGCCGGGACCUUCGUGUGUCAGGUUGGGGAUCAUGCUAGUGUUGGUACUGAUUUUCCUGCCAGGCUUGUACUGUGACCCUGGAUCUGUGUAUUAUUCUUCUUACGAAACAGUCAUCCCCAAGAGUCUGACAGUCAAGGGAAAGGAAGACCCAGGGGAAAAGGCGUCCUAUACACUAGUAAUGCAGGGCCAGAAGCAGGUGAUUCAACUGAAGGUGAAGAGAGACUAUUUUGUGAAUAACUUUCCAGUCUUCAGCUACCACAAUGGGGUCCUGGGGCAAGAAGUGCCUUUCAUCCCUCAUGACUGUCACUACGAAGGCUACCUAGAAGGAGUCCCGGGUUCUUUUGUUUCCCUCAACACCUGUUCAGGCCUCAGGGGCAUCCUGAUUAAGGAGGGGAAGCCCUAUGGCAUUGAGCCCAGGGACACCUCAAAACAGUUUGAACAUGUGUUGUACACCAUGGCACCCCAAGCUCGAGUGUCCUGCAGCGUCACUUCCAAAGGCAGCCAAGUGGUGUCCACCAGCCGGCAGCAAGGGAGCAGGAAGCCUCGCAGUCUACAGGCCCUGCCGUCCUUUUGGUCACACACCAAGUACGUGGAGAUGUUUGUCGUGGUCAGCAACCAGCGCUUCCAGAUGUGGGGCAGGAACAUCGAUGAGACAGUCCAGAGAGUAAUGGACAUCACUGCUCUGGCCAACAUCUUCACUCGGGGCAUAAACACCCAGGUGGUGCUGGCCGGAGUGGAGAUCUGGACCGAGGGGGACCUCAUCGAAGUCCCAGCGGACUUGCGAGUUACACUGAGGAAUUUCAAUAGCUGGAGACAGGAGAAGCUCUUCCCCCGGGUGAAGCACGAUGUUGCCCACCUGAUCGUGGGACAUCACCCUGAAGACGAUGUGGGACAGGCAUUUCUCAAUGGUGCCUGUUCAAGAGGCUUUGCAGCCGCUGUUGAAUCCUUCCACCAUGAAGAUGUCCUCCUGUUUGCGGCGCUCAUGGCCCAUGAGCUUGGGCACAACUUGGGUAUUCAGCACGACCACUCGGCCUGCACUUGUGAAGAUAAACUCUCUUGCCUCAUGCAUGAGAACAUCACUAAAGAAAGUGGCUUCAGCAACUGCAGCUCUGACCACUUCUACCAGUUCCUCCGGGAACACAAAGGGGCCUGCCUGUUUAACAAGCCCCGGCCCCAAGGUCGUCUGCGUAGGCAAGCCACGUGUGGAAACGGUGUGUUGGAGGUGAAUGAGGAGUGUGACUGUGGACCUGACUGUGGUAAUAACCCGUGCUGUGACGAAACAUGUAGGCUGAAUGAGCAUGCACAGUGUAGUGACGGACUGUGCUGUUUUAAUUGCCAGUGGAGACAUAAGGGUUUCAUGUGUCGUUCUGCGCUUGGAGAGUGUGACCUCCCAGAGUAUUGUGAUGGUUCCUCUGGAGAAUGUCCCAGGGACCACUAUAAGCAAGAUGGUACAUCGUGUGAUAUGAUUCACUAUUGUUUUAUGGGCCGGUGCCGGAACCCUGAUACUCAGUGCGUGGGUAUAUAUGGGUCACCUGCAAGGUCAGCCCCAGAAGACUGUUAUAUUUCCAUGAACACGAAAGGGAACCGGUUUGGAAACUGUGGCUGUCCUACUGCUGCUGUCCCUAGAUACGUUAAGUGCACUGAUGAGAAUAUAUUUUGUGGGAAACUUAUAUGUACAAAUAUUACACAGGUACCACCAAUCAAACCCCACCAUACUCUGAUUCAGGUAGCUCACAACAAUGACUGGUGCUGGAGCAUGGAUGUCUAUAACAUUACUGAUAUCCCUGAUGAUGGAGAUGUGGACACUGGCACCCUUUGUGCCCCAAACAAAAUCUGUGUGAAUUACUCCUGCAUUGAUCGUGCUGUGCUCAAGUACGACUGUGAACCUCAAGAAAUGUGUAAUGGGAGAGGAGUCUGCAACAAUUUAAGGCACUGCCAUUGUGAAGAGGGCUAUGCACCCCCUGACUGCAAAGUUUCAGGAAAUGGGGGUAGUGUGGACAGUGGUCCCCCCGGCAAGCCAGAUGAUGGAAAUGUAAGUGAAGAUGAAACUAGAGGUCUUAGUUUUCAUCGUGGUAAUUUUGGCAGGGGCAGUGAGAAUAAAUUUGAAAGCAAAAGUCUUGGCAAUCUAUUGUACAUAUUUCCCUUACUUCUUGUGGCAAUAUUUUUAAGUCUGAUUAUUGGUGCCAGUGUUGGGGCUGGAAAGGAGAUAUCACAGUGCUCACAAGGGGCUCUAGAAGACACUGAAGAAGAAGCUGUACAGGAAAAGGAAGGAGGCCAAGUAGAGGAAGAAGUAGAGGUAAGAAAUAAGUAGUGAUAGGAAGAAGUCUAAUAUACCCAAUACCCAAGCACUAGCUGGAAUGGAGGUUCAGUGGAACAAAUAUGAAGUGCACACCAAUGGCAGCAGUGGCCCUAAUAGGGACUCUACAGUCUUAUGAAAUGUACUACUGUGCAAGGAAGGGCUUUUCUUCUUCAAUGUACUCAUUGAUUAUAUAUACAUAGAUGAAAUCAUUUAUAAAAAUAUUUUAAUAUUUUUAAUAUUUCAUUAUCAUAUUUUAUGAAACAUUUAUUUAAAUUAAAAUUCUCUUAUGAAACUUUCAGCUCAAUAUUUUGUCUUCAGUAGGUCCAGUUUUGACGUAACUGUUUUUUAGGGAAUGUCAUCUUGCAUCGACUGUGUUGGAUAUACAGUAUUAAAUGUUUAUAUCUAUUAGGGUCCAGGUUUUUCACCCCACUUAGAACUACACAUUACAUUAGGAAAGUAGUUUCUAUGUUUGUUGUUCUAAUUGCUCUGUGAAGUGUAUCCAUGAAAUGAAAAGAUUUAAAUUAAAA